GUGGCUCCCCGGCAUACGCAUUGUGAUGCCCAGCAAUUACCCUACUGACUGAUACCAAGCUCGGCAGCAUUUGGCGAGACCGUUGUGGAGAACAGCCUUUGAGAGCUGGAAGAUGAAAGCUCCUAUUCCACACUUGAUUCUCUUGUAUGCUACUCUUACUCAGAGCUUGAAAGUUGUAACCAAAAGGGGCUCAGCUGAUGGAUGCACUGACUGGUCUGUGGAUUACAAGAAGUAUCAAGUUUUAGUGGGAGAACCUGUUCGCAUAAAAUGUGCAUUAUUUUAUGGAUAUAUAAGAGCAAAUUACUCCCUAGCACAGAGUGCUGGACUUAGUUUGAUGUGGUACAAAAGCUCUGGACCUGGAGAUUUUGAGGAACCUAUAGCUUUUGAUGGAACUAGAAUGAGCAAAGAAGAGGAUUCAAUUUGGUUUCGGCCAACGUUGGUGCAAGACAGUGGUCUUUAUGCAUGUGUCAUAAGAAACUCCACUUACUGUAUGAAAGUGUCCAUUUCGCUGACAGUGGGUGAAAAUGACACUGGACUCUGCUACAAUUCAAAGAUGAAGUAUUUUGAAAAAGCUGAACUUAGCAAAAGCAAGGAAAUCUCAUGCCCUGACAUAGAGGAUUUUUUAAUUCCAUAUAGAGAGCCUGAAAUUCUGUGGUAUAAGGAAUGCAAAACAAAAACGUGGAGACCAAGUAUUGUGUUCAGAAAGGACACUCUGGUUAUUCAGGAGGUUAGAGAAGAUGACAUUGGAAAUUAUACUUGUGAGUUAAAGUAUGGAAUCUUUGUUGUCAGAAGAACUACAGAAUUAACAGUAACAGCACCACUAACAGAUAAACCACCAAAGCUUUUGCACCCAUUGGAAAAUAAGAUGACAAUUCAGGAGACCCAGCUAGGCAGUUCUGCUAAUCUAACCUGCCGAGCUUUCUUUGGAUACAGUGGAGACGUCAGUCCUUUAAUUUACUGGAUGAAAGGAGAGAAAUUUAUUGAAGAUUUAGAUGAAAAUCGCGUCUGGGAAAGUGAUAUCAGAAUUCUCAAGGAACAUCUUGGGGAACAAGAAGUGUCCAUCUCAUUAAUUCUUGAUUCUGUGGAGGAAGGAGACCUAGGAAAUUACUCAUGUUAUGUUGAAAAUGGAAAUGGACGCAGACAUGCCAGUGUUCUCCUACAUAAAAGGGAGCUGAUGUAUACAGUUGAGCUUGCUGGUGGGCUUGGUGCUAUUCUGCUGCUGCUUGUUUGUUUAGUGACUAUCUACAAGUGUUACAAGAUUGAGAUUAUGCUCUUCUACAGGAAUCAUUUUGGAGCUGAAGAACUAGAUGGAGACAAUAAGGAUUAUGAUGCAUAUCUCUCCUAUACCAAAGUGGAUCCUGACCAGUGGAAUCAAGAAACUGGAGAAGAAGAACGAUUUGCUCUUGAGAUACUGCCAGAUAUGCUUGAAAAGCAUUAUGGGUACAAGUUGUUCAUACCAGAUAGAGAUUUGAUUCCCACUGGAACCUACAUUGAAGAUGUGGCAAGAUGUGUAGACCAAAGCAAGCGACUCAUCAUUGUCAUGACUCCAAAUUAUGUGGUAAGAAGAGGCUGGAGCAUCUUUGAACUGGAAACUAGGCUUCGGAACAUGUUAGUCACGGGUGAAAUCAAAGUAAUACUGAUUGAAUGCAGUGAACUCCGGGGAAUUAUGAACUACCAGGAGGUUGAGGCUCUGAAACAUACCAUCAAGCUUCUAACUGUCAUUAAAUGGCACGGACCAAAAUGCAACAAGUUGAAUUCCAAAUUUUGGAAACGUUUACAGUAUGAAAUGCCUUUUAAGCGGAUAGAACCCAUCACGCAUGAGCAGGUUUUAGAUGUCAGUGAGCAGGGACCCUUUGGGGAACUGCAGACGGUCUCAGCAAUUUCAAUGGCUGCUGCCACCUCCACUGCCCUUGCCACUGCCCAUCCAGAUCUACGCUCCACCUUUCAUAACACGUAUCAUUCACAGAUGCGCCAGAAACACUAUUAUCGAAGCUAUGAAUACGAUGUACCUCCUACUGGCACCCUGCCUCUUACCUCAAUAGGUAACCAGCAUACCUACUGCAACAUCCCUAUGACACUUAUCAAUGGGCAGCGGCCACAGACAAAAACAAAUAGGGAGCAGAAUCCAGAUGAGGCUCACACAAACAGUGCAAUACUGCCCCUCUUGCCACGGGAGACCAGUAUAUCAAGUGUCAUUUGGUGACAGAUAUGCAAGGGGGACCUCAACCCCCUUGAGUAGGAGCUAAGUCUGCAGUCUGGUGCCUGGAACUACAUCCUCGACUGCUGCUGUUAAACAUGCAUUACAAUCUAUGAAAUACGAGGAGAAACAGGGUCUUGUACAUAUGUUUUUUGCAAUUUCUUUGUAGCAUCAGUCUUCCUGUUUUACCCAUGUCUCUUGCCAUUCACAUCUUUGACUUUAUUUUAUAUGUCAUUGGGAUUUGUAUAUUGACAUUUUUUAAAUGAAGAGACUGCUGUAUAGAUAGGAAAACUUUUUGCUUCAUUAGUAUAGUUUUAGAUUUUUUUAACAUUUCUUGGGAAUGCUUGGACACAGCUAUGUUGAUAUCAGAAGCACCAUCCAUUUUGUUGGCCUGCCUAGCCUGAUACAUGAAGGCCAUGCCUGCUGGAAUUCACCUGCUGUGAAGAACAUUUGUUCUUAGGAAGAAGCCCACCCAUCAUUCUGAACUCCAAGUUUCAUUCCUUAUCCCACGACAGCACUCUACCCCUUCCCUUCCUUUCCCUUCCCUUAUGAUGGUCCCAUGCUGGGUAACAAUAGCCUGAUCAUCUAACAUUUAACUCAGUAAAUGCUUGUCAGUCAGUAAGAUAUACCCAAUCUGUAUCAAUUGCUUCACAGUAACCACUGCAGAGUGUGUAGAAAGUAGAGUUCGUUUUUUGUUUUAUGAAUGAGUUGAUUGUAUCCCUUUUAUAUAUAUAAAAAACCUACCCUAAUUUGCUCACUUCCUGGAAAAGUAUGAAUGUGAUUGUGUUUGGGGUUAUUUUUUUGUUUGUUGGUUUUAAGCAUUUGACUUUUUUCUUUUUCCCCAUAACAUUUUGCAAAAGAGCUUAUUUGCAAUUGUCAGGAAAGUAAUGCAAUAGGCAGUGAAGUACAGUAAAUCCUGCUGGGAUUUACUGUGAUGGCUUCCAAACCAAAGGGGAAUAGAAGGACAAUAUCAAAUAUGGUGUAUCACAUUGUAUUAUAGAAAAUGCUAUUUUCUAAAAAGUAAGAGCAAAAUAUUAUUUUGCAGCUGAUUAUGGCGUCCCCUUGUAUUUUAAUGUUCCAAUAACUGUAUUUGCUUUACAAUGAUAUAUUCAGAGUUGAACAUUCUUAUUUCUUUUGUUUUAGCUUGUAACAAUAAGUAAAAGUUUAUUAAUUUCAAGAUGAUUUACAUGAGAACUCAGGCAGUAAAAAAAAUUACCAUGAAUACCAACGAAUAUCAAUGUUUUAAGAAUAAGCAUUUAUUUAUACAAAAUUAAUAUUUAAAUCAGACCUGGAAGUAUUAAACAAUUAAUUUUAUUGAAUAAAUAAAUUAGUUUUAUUUUUAAUGUAUGAUUCCAUCUUUGAGGAGUUGCAGAUUACAUGUGUACCAUGGCUCCUAGGGAAAAAGUCACUGCUCACAGUUCAGAGAUCCUAAAAAUUAAGAGUAAAUGACCUUACCAAUAUUUACAUUUUAAAUGGUGCAAGAGUCGCUUUCCAUUUUAGAAAAUGCAGGGAGUGGGAUUAGAAUAAAAAAAAAUUAGGAGGCCAAUCCUCUUUUGGUCUACCUGAAGCCAAUGGGGCUUGGUUAGAAUUCCCUACUGAUGAUUCACACCCUUUUUUUAUUAUUUAUACCAGCAGAGAGCUAAGGCCCCUAAUUUUACUUCAAAUAUCAACAAAUUGAUACCCAGAACAGUUGGGAACAGAUUGAAUGCCAGAAUGCAGAGAUUUUAAUUUAUUUCAGUAACUCAUUUCCUGUAGGGAUUUUUAUAACAGCUGACCAGUGUUGGCCAAUAUAAUGGAUGUUGUGUGAAUUGUUCAUUAUUAUUAUCACUAUAAAAGAAAUACAAGUUAUAAUAUUUUGGUCUCAGUAGGAUGUGAUUGGUCAAAAUAUGUAAACUGCAGUUUGGGGAUGUUUGUCGGGGUAAGUCAAAAUUGACAGUGUAUGAGGAAAUAGCUAUUAUCAUGUUGCAACAGUUAAGACAUCUCAAUAUCUACAUAACAAGCUUGAAGGAGCUUUGGGAUGUGCACUGAUUUUUAUUUGCUUAAAAAUGUUUAUUUCUCUGACAAUUCACCCGGGUCCUUUUCUACAAUCUGUUCUUUAUUUCAGUGUCUCCCCCUGGAUAUCAGUCAAAUAGCCACAAAAUGGAAAUGAAGCUUCCAGGCCACAUAAAAUUUUAAGACAGCAUUGCACAUUUGGUCAGUUUCACAUUCUAAGAAGGCUCCCAUUUAUUUUCUGUUAUAGACAUCUGUGAGUCAAUAACGGCAUUGAACUUCAUUCAACUGGAUUCCAAACGCCCCCUGAACAAAGUAAAAUAAAGCAAUGCAACAUCCUUUCACUUCCUCUUUUCCCUUUAUAUUUUUUAAGAUGAAGAUUGGGAGGUGGAAUUAAUGUAGAGUCAAAUAAUCUGACCACAGUCACAUUCUAGGCAUUGGUAGAUGUUCCUUUAGCUGCACUGGGAGUACUUUUUGUUGUUCAGUUUUUAGUGUAGAUUUAAGCACUUUGAAUAGCAUGAUUCAGGGAUUGAUGGAUACUAUUUGAUAUUCACACUACUUAAAAGUUUUUUCUUAUAAUGCUUUGUCAUAAUAUUAAACAAAAACAGACAAAAAAAAAUCAAGAAAAUAAACAGAGAAGCCAUUUAUGGCUUUAGAAACAUUCCUCCCAAGUAUUCCUCUUCUAUAAACAGCCCUGUGUGAGAAACAGUGAAGGAAACUGUCAUGUUUUCACGUGCUCUAUGUUUGACAAAAGUUCUGUCAGAACACAAAAUAAAAAGGAAAAAAAACUUUCAUUUG